GGAGAUUUGCGACACUUGCCGUCGACCUGCGGCAUGAAGCAUGUUGACGCUUGUGUAGCGCAAUGCUAACGCUGGUCAGCUAACAGAGAUUAUGUAGCAUCGGAUUCAGCUUUUUUGCUGAUUUGCUCAGAAAAACGACGCAAUCAGAGCUUCGUCUUUAUGUGAGCGGCCGUCGAGAUGGGCAAGCCGAAGAAGAAGAGUGAGCUCAGCCGGGCUGAACUGAUGAUGAUGACAAUUGCCGAUGUCAUCAAACAGCUGGUGGAGGCUCAUGAGCAAGGGAAAGAUAUUAAUCUUAAUAAAGUGAAGACACAGACCUCAGCAAAGUAUGGCCUCUCAGCACAACCCCGUCUGGUGGACAUCAUUGCCGCAGUGCCGCCCCACUACCGACGGGCCCUCGUGCCAAAGCUGAAAGCUAAGCCCAUCCGCACAGCCAGUGGAAUUGCCGUUGUCGCUGUGAUGUGCAAGCCCCAUCGAUGUCCACAUAUCAGUUUUACUGGCAACAUUUGUGUAUACUGUCCAGGCGGUCCGGACUCUGAUUUUGAAUACUCCACACAGUCUUACACAGGCUAUGAGCCUACGUCUAUGAGGGCCAUCCGGGCCCGCUAUGAUCCGUAUCUACAGACCAGGCACAGAGUGGAACAGUUGAAGCAGCUGGGCCACAGUGUGGAUAAGGUGGAGUUCAUUGUGAUGGGUGGCACGUUCAUGGCCCUGCCUGAGGACUACAGAGACUAUUUCAUCCGCAACCUUCACGACGCGCUGUCGGGACACACAUCCAACAACGUGGCCGAGGCCGUCAGAUACUCUGAGCACAGUAACACCAAGUGUGUGGGGAUCACCAUCGAGACGCGGCCAGACUACUGCCUGAAGCGGCAUCUCAGUGACAUGCUGGCGUACGGCUGCACCAGACUAGAGAUCGGAGUGCAGAGCGUCUAUGAAGAUGUGGCUCGUGACACCAACAGAGGACACACAGUCCGAGCCGUGUGCGAGUCCUUUCAUCUGGCUAAAGACGCUGGCUUUAAGGUGGUGGCCCACAUGAUGCCUGACCUGCCCAAUGUGGGCAUUGAGCGCGACAUUGAGCAGUUCAUAGAGUUUUUUGAGAACCCAGCGUUUCGGCCGGACGGGCUGAAGCUGUACCCUACGCUUGUGAUCCGGGGAACAGGCCUGUAUGAGCUGUGGAAGACGGGUCGAUACAAGAGCUACUCGCCCAGCACCCUGGUUGACUUGGUGGCUCGUAUACUGGCUUUGGUGCCGCCCUGGACCCGAGUGUACCGCGUACAGAGGGACAUCCCCAUGCCACUGGUGAGCUCUGGUGUGGAACAUGGUAACCUGCGAGAGCUGGCAUUGGCCCGAAUGAAGGACAUGGGAACUGAGUGUAGAGACGUAAGAACCCGAGAGGUGGGCAUCCAGGAGAUCCAUCAUAAAGUGCGGCCGUACCAGGUGGAGCUGAUCCGGAGGGACUAUGUGGCUAACGGCAGCUGGGAGACCUUCCUGUCGUACGAGGACCCCGAGCAGGACAUCUUGAUCGGCCUACUGAGGCUCCGUCGCUGCUCUCCGCAGUCCUUCCGGCCCGAGCUGAAGGGCGGGGUGUCCAUCGUGCGUGAGCUGCACGUCUACGGCAGCGUAGUGCCUGUCAGCAGUCGAGACCCCAGCAAGUUCCAGCACCAGGGAUUUGGGAUGAUGCUGAUGGAGGAGGCAGAGAGAAUAGCCAGAGACGAACACGGCUCAAGCAAACUGGCUGUUAUCUCAGGUGUAGGAACUAGGAAUUACUACAGGAAGAUGGGUUACGAGCUGGAGGGGCCGUACAUGGUGAAGCGCUUGGACUGAGAGCUUCACACAGCAGGACAAACAAGGAGAUGAAGAAGAUGCCCCAGAGAGUUUUUAGCGUCUUCUCGGGGAGACUGCAGUUUUUUUGAUAUUUACAGAUUUUGUUAGUCCACUUUUUGCAAGUGAGGUGAGAGAC